UAAAUUGAGACGAAGAUAAAGCAUAACACAAAAAUACAGAGAGAGAAAAAACAGCGCGCAGUGGGAUCAAUCGAUUCAUCAAGUUGUUACAUUACCUGUCAUUAUUUGUCUUCAAAAGAAUCCUUCCACUUCUCUCUCUCUCCCUACAUUUCAUCUUCUUCUUCUUCAUAAUACACACAUUUACAUUUUAUUACUAUUAUUUAUAGAUAGAUACAGAGAUAACAGAAGAAGUGAUUUUGUUGAAUAUGGAACAGAAGCACGUAUUGUUAUCGGCAUUGAGCGUAGGGGUUGGAGUUGGCCUUGGAUUAGCUUCAGGACAAGCCGUUAAUAAAUGGACAAACGCCGCCCAAGGCAUAACACCUGACCAAAUUGAAAAGGAACUUCGACGCCUAAUUAUUGACGGCAAGCUUACCAAAAUCACCUUUGAGGACUUCCCUUAUUAUCUCAGUGAACGAACACGGGUAUUAUUAACAAGUGCAGCAUAUGUUCAUCUGAAUCACUUAGAUGUGUCUAAACAUACAAGAAAUCUUUCUCCUGCAAGUAGGGCCAUAUUACUUUCAGGGCCUGCUGAACUUUACCAGCAAACUCUCGCAAAGGCUUUGGCGCAUCACUUUGAUGCUAAACUGCUGCUAUUGGAUUUAACUGACUUCUCUCUGAAGAUGCAGAGCAAGUAUGGAAUCUUCAAGAAAGAAUCAGUUUUCAAGAGGUCAAUCUCAGAGUCUACGUUGGGACGUUUGUCCAGUUUGCUUGGUUCGUUCUCAAUUCUUCCAGCAAGAGAGACUAAUGGAGUCACCUAUUCAAGGCAAACAGUUGGGUUUGACAGUAAAUCAAGGAAUAGGGAAGGUGCCAGCAACUCUCUAAAGCAUCGCAGAACCGCCUCUGUGUCUUCUGAUAUAAGUAGUAUCAGCUCUGAGUCGUCUGCUUCAAAUCCAGCUCCAAUUAAGCGGGUCAACAGCUGGUCAUUAGAUGAGAAGGCUUUCUUACAGUCACUUUUCAAGGUUUUGGUGUCAAUCUCUGAAACCAGCCGCGUUAUUCUCUACAUCAGGGAUGUUGACAGACAUCUUCAAUCCCCCAGAGCUUAUAAACUCUUCGAUCGAAUGCUGAAAAAAAUAUCAGGAUCAGUGUUGGUUCUUGGCUCCAGGAUGUUUGAGCAUGAAGAUGAUUGUGAGGAAGUAGAUGAGAAACUCAGUCUUUUAUUUCCUUACAAUAUUGAGAUUAGUCCCCCUGAAGAUGAGACACAUCUUACGGACUGGAAAACACAACUGGCAGAGGAUAUGAAGAUGAUCCAGUUUCAAGACAACAAGAAUCACAUUGCGGAGGUGCUUGCAGCAAAUGACCUCGAAUGUGAUGAUCUAGGAUCAAUCUGUCAUGCUGACACAAUGGUGCUGAGUAAUUACAUAGAGGAAAUUGUUAUCUCUGCUAUAUCACAUCAUUUGAUGAACAGCAAGGAUCCAGAAUAUCGAAAUGGGAAGCUCCUCAUAUCAUCUAACAGUUUGUCCCAUGGAUUAGGUGUCUUCCAGGACGGAAAGAGUGGUUGCAGAGACUCCCUCAAAAUGGAGGCGAAUGCUGAAUUGUCCAAGGAUGCUGCGGUGGAUGAUAUUGGAUUAAAGCCUGAAUCAAAGUCGGAGAACCCCACAUCCGAGAGUAAGGGUGAGGCUGAAAAAUCAGGACCUUCAACAAAAAAGGAUGGAGAGAUUUCAUCUGCAUCAAAGGCCCCGGAAGUUAUUCCUGACAAUGAAUUCGAGAAGCGGAUAAGACCAGAGGUCAUACCUUCACAUGAGAUUGGAGUGACAUUUGCAGAUAUUGGUGCCCUAGAUGAAACGAAAGAAUCACUUCAGGAGCUGGUCAUGCUUCCUCUUAGAAGACCUGACCUCUUCAACGGUGGACUGCUUAAGCCUUGCAGAGGUAUACUACUCUUUGGUCCACCUGGCACUGGGAAGACGAUGCUGGCUAAAGCAAUAGCCAAUGAAGCUGGAGCAAGCUUUAUAAAUGUCUCAAUGUCAACCAUUACUUCAAAAUGGUUUGGGGAAGAUGAAAAGAAUGUCCGAGCUCUUUUCACACUUGCAGCGAAGGUUUCUCCAACGAUUGUUUUUGUGGAUGAGGUUGAUAGCAUGCUAGGGCAGCGGACAAGAGUUGGAGAACACGAGGCUAUGCGAAAAAUUAAGAAUGAGUUUAUGACUCAUUGGGACGGAUUAUUGACUAAACCAGGUGAGCGCAUUCUUGUUCUUGCUGCAACCAACAGACCUUUUGACCUCGAUGAAGCAAUAAUCAGACGGUUUGAGCGCAGAAUUAUGGUCGGUUUACCUGCAGCUGAGAAUAGAGAGAAGAUUUUGAGAACUCUUCUAGCAAAGGAAAAGGUAGAAGAUCUUGAUUUUAAAGAGCUCGGAGUCAUGACCGAAGGGUAUAGUGGAAGUGAUCUUAAGAACUUGUGCACAACAGCAGCUUAUCGGCCUGUCAGAGAGCUUAUACAACAAGAGAGAAAGAAAGAUUUGGAAAAGAAACGGAGUGCUGAAGAAGGGCAGAGUGCAGAAGGUAAUUCAGAUGAGAAAGAAGAAGCUGCGGAAGAAAGAGUAAUUACUUUGAGGCCUCUAAACAUGGAGGACAUGAGACAGGCAAAGAAUCAGGUUGCUGCAAGCUUUGCUUCUGAAGGAUCCGUAAUGAGUGAGCUGAAGCAGUGGAAUGACCUAUAUGGAGAAGGCGGUUCUAGGAAAAAGCAGCAGUUAUCUUAUUUCCUUUAGGUCGUCAAAUCUAUGCAUCAAGAAAUGAUUGUCUGCAUUAUUUUUCGUGAAAGGGGUGAUAACCAUGAUCACUGCAUAACCUUCAGAAUCAAAUCCCCAUUCUCCUGAAACUAAGGUAGAGAUACUUGAACCUGUGCCAACUGGUCUCCACUUCCGAGGGUGUGACAUGAAUAUGCAUGAAAUGUGUCUGUCAAAGGCUUGCUUGCUUGCUUUUGUAUACGCAUGGUCAGAGAAAAGGAAGGAGAAUACAGCGUCUGUUCUGCUUAGAGCAACAUUUGCCCCACAACAGUCUUGUAGGAUAUCAAAGAUGAUCUCUGGUGUGGCAAUUGAAAAGGCACAGGGGCUUGGAAAUCUCAGAGCAAGUUAUGAUUUUGUUCAUCAAUAGUGAUUCCAUGUAAUAGUGUAUUCUAGUGUUGUAUACAGUUGUUGUAAUUUAUCAAUCUCCAGUUUCUUGGAACUAAUAUAUUUGUCAUUUGGAACACACGGAUUUGAUUCUUUUUUUUUGAAAUUUAUUUUGGAAGUCAAUGUACUAUGAAUGUGAUAGCUGC